AUGUUUGACAACAUGGCUACGAAACUACAGGACACUCUGCAGCGGUCCUUCACUGAUCUCCGCACGGACAUUCAGGCUCUGGGUACACGCACCUCGGAGCUUGAGGCCUACAUGGAGGCACAUGUGGAGGCCGACAACCGGCUGGUAAACAGAGUGGAGGACGCAUGGGAGAAAAUAAAUGGCUACAAAGUCAAAAUGGCUGAUCUGGAGGACCGGGCACGCCGGAGUAAUCUCCGCCUGAGAAAUGGCACCGAAAAUAUAGGACCACAGGACUUGCCAGCCUAUGCCACUGGACUCAUUCGCCUACUGGUCCCAGACAUGCCCCAGGAUGUCCUGUUAAUGGACAGAAUCCACAGGGUGGCAAAGCCACAAUACUUACCUGCUGACACAAAGAGGCGAUCAUGA